AUUCUUUUUGAUAUUUUUUAAAUUGAUUAAAUAAUAUAGUACCCCAUUUGUGAUGUGAAAAAAUGGACGAGGUCAUUAGCAAGUGGUGUGAAAUCGCCGAGAAUACGACCACGUAUUUAUCCAAGAAUGUUCAAGACCUUGUUCUAAAAAAAGGCAUUGCAACAACAACUAGCAUCAGUCUAGAAAUUGCUACAGAUGAUUUGCUGGAUAUUUCUAGACUCUCUUCCUCCUUACUAAGUGAUGAUGGUUACUUACAUCAUCCAACUCAACGUAGUGCAGAAUGGUACAUUCAACACAUUAAGGAUACUGAACCUUUUUUUGCCAAUGUAAAAAUGAAAAUGAAGGUCAUUUCUGAAGAAGAGUUGCAAGGCCUUAUCAAGCUGUGUGCAUGGAUGCACCAGCCCCAGACAGUCGAUCUAUGUUUUGAUUUGCUGACCAGGAAAGAGGAAGUGGCUCUCAACUCCCACGAAUGCCUCCUGCUCACAACUGCUGCACUUGAGAGGGCUCUUGGCAAUCUAUUCUUACACGGGGAUCGAAAGAAGAAGGUCCCAUCUUUGCUUCGAGAUCUGCUGGCCUCGCCAGAAUUGCUCUUGUUACUGGGCACAUCCCAAGUAAUCCUUUUACAGCUGUUGCUUGGCAGUCCUCUGUCGCUUAAUUUGAGAAACCUGAUAUGGCACGGCUUCGUCGGUUUCCUCGACUGGGACACCCACGGCUACGCUUCCGUCUUGCUGUUCGUCUGCGCCGCCAUAGGUCGACAUUUGGAUGACUGCCGAUCGAUAGAAACCGUCGAUGAAAUCAUCCCUAGACGUUGGGCUACUUUCGAGCGACAUCAGCACAAGUGGCCAAAAUGGUCGCAAUUUAUGGCCGACAACGAAGAGAUGUUGGUGGAAGCCGUUUCAGAAACGCCAGCCCUGCCCGGCAGCCGCAAGGCCAUUUGGCUCCGUGCCAUUAGGCACCAUCAGAAGGGCCGUUAUGGUCGUUGUUGUGCGCUGAUGAUACCCGAAAUAGAGCACACGCUCCGAUUGAUUUACUGCGCCGUCAACGGGUGCCCAGCCCGAGCCCUGACUGCUGAAUCAGUCGUUCACUACACGACUCUGGACGUCAUCCUGGAAUGCGGUGGGGAAUCAAACGACGUGAAGCCUCGAAUAGCCGAAUUUCUGGGCAACGGACUCUAUUCCGCUUUGCUGGAUGUAUUCGUCCAACUGGAAGGACCGCGAGUUCGCGAUCGGUUUAGUCACGGUGAGUGUCGCUUGUGGGACAUUGACGCCCAGCUAUCCACUCACUUGCUGGCUCUAUCAACCGCCAUUUUGUGGCUGCCCGGACGUCCUUCCUCUGUAGUCAUUCCUCAUUAUUCAUCACAUUUCAGUCCGGCAGCUCUAUUUCAUGGACAACUCGUCGAAACAAUUGAAGCCAUUGAGGGCUGGCUCGGCUGUCUGCUCGCUCCAUGCCCAUCGGUCGACGUUGAUUUGUCCGCUUGGCCGGCAGAAUGGCGCCCGCUGGUGAGCAACUGGCUGCGUAACUGGUCGCCUGCGGUUAAUCAGCUGUUAAUAAAUCAGUUAAAAGAAGAAAACGGCCGACGAAUGGACGACAUUGUCGUCAUCCAUGCGGGCCAGUUAUCGGCCACCUGGCUACGUAAAAUGAUGAGCCAGAUCGUAUUAGGUUGCCAACGGCUGACGUCUCAUUACAACCAAAGAAAUGGACCCGGUACUUUGUCGUCAUUACACUCCCGACAGCGAUCCACUCAUGCCCGGAUGGACAGUUACAUGCACCUAUUCAUAGCGGCCGUCCAACUUUCCUUGCUCUUUCCCAUAGCCGUGAGCUUUGGAGGCCAAGUGAUUGUCAACGAUCCGCCAACCGUACGCCGGAUGAAACGGAUCGUGACUCGCUGGGCAGAUCAUUUCGCCAGAGCAUCCGCCAACAACCGUUGGAUAGAACUGGCAGACUGCGCCAAAGAUUCGAUUCAAUCGAUGGAAAUCCUCAUUUCAUCCGUCCUCGUCUUUGCUUCCGAAUUCCCAUCUCCAUCCGCUCGCUAAAACUGCUAUGCGACAUCCGUCCUUGCUCCAGCUGCUGCUGCAUCUGCAAAAUUGGAUUUCAGUCACGAAAAACCAGUUGACAUUUUGAUAAUAAUAGAAAUCCAAUCCAACCCACGUAUUGUGUCGGUGGAGGAGAUACAGCCCAGUUCCAAAGAUAAACUUACCUCCGAUUGUCCCUGACUGAUGACGCAUAAACUCUUGAGAAGAAUAGGAGGAAUAUUACAUUCAUUGAAUUUGUAUAUGUAAUAUUAGAAAUUGUAUUACAAAAACAACAAAAAAAGAACCGUUUGGCCCCGGCAGCCUUUUUCGUUAGCGGCCAUCUGUUGG